AUGACCAUAGAUUAAUAUUAACAAUCUUUGAAUCAGACAUAUCUAGUUUAUGUUGUUUAGCUUUACUAUUAAGACCCUACAAAUAACACUUACAAUACUAUCAAUCUCAAUACGUUUCAAUGCACAACGCCUUAAUUACAAGGUUUUAGAUGUAUUGAUUUUUCCAAUGUAGGUAACUAUACUUUUUUGCUUGAUAAUAAUAAUAAUAAUCAAAUUUAUUCUUCUAUUUACAUUCAUAUGUAUGGUUGCAGAGAUUAGGACUUUGUAAAAACAACUGUACCUGAUAAUUGUCCAGCACAAACGGAUAUUGAUAACGUUAUAAAUGGAUAAUAAGCAUAUUUUUAGCUGAAACUUAAAACUUAGUAAUACAAUACAAAUUCAUAAGAAAUUCAAACUACUUACAGAAACAUAUAUAAUUAUGCAUACUCUCCUUAAUUUGUACUUAAUUCUUUGAGCGCAUAAAAAUAAGAAACUCAGGUAGACUUAGGUCUCCUUUUUUAAUAAAGAUAAACUUACUCUUCUCCUAUUUAAUAUACUUAAACAACUUAAAAUUUUGAUAGAAAUUCCUCAUUGGCAUUAGGAUUAGGCCCAUAUAAAAUUUUAGCACUUGUAAAUGCUGUUGCUGGAUUAAUAGUUGUAUUUAGGAUUUUGGGUAAAUUUUACAGUUAAAAGUUAAUAAAAUAAGACUUCUUUAUGCUAAUGCUUCAAAAUCUUUACUAAGAUAAAUACAAAAAUAUCAUAAUCCAUAAUAAUCUUAUUAACAACUAAGAAAAUAUUUCUAGUUUGAUUUCAACUGAAAAAACUUAAAAAGAUGAAGUGGAAGAUGAAAUUUAAGAAAAUUGUUUAAAAAGAGACAUUAUUGUACCUGACUUUCCAACAAAACUUAGAGAUUAUGUAGAAAAAAGUCAAAGUCCUAUUUUAAAUGAUACUAAAAAUUGUUAAUAUCUUUUAAAAUUCAAUGACUAAAUAAAUGAAGAAAAUGAAAAAACAGAAAACUAGAAAAACUCUAUAAAUAAUAACGAUCUGAAUAACUAUGUAAUAAACUCUCCAAAUGAAGAAUCAAUAAACAAAAAAUUCAGUUUUCCUCAAGUAGUAACAAAUUAAUAAAAUGAAUAAAAUGAGCAAAGCACAAUUAAAGAUAUUUAAUUAAAUGAAAACUACUAUUAUAAUACAUACAAGAAUCAAUUAUUGAAUUCUCAAAAUAAAAUAAAAUUAAACAAUUUGCUUUGUAGCUAAUAAAUCAGCUCUCAAAGGUAACUUCUAUCAAGCCCGAAAAUGUAGAAUAAAUAGAAAAGUGCCAGUGUUUUCUAAAGUAGAUCUUAAUUUAAUAACAGAUCAUCUAUUAAUAUUGCUAAUAGAGUAAUUUAAGUCUAAAACAUUUUUUCAGUAGAAGGGGAUAGAAUAUGA